UGGCUGCAGGGACUGCAAGGUAAACCUGGAAACACUCCAGAGACCAUGGCUGGAGAACGGGUCCGUCGUAUGAUCCUCCUGGUCCAUUGUCCUUCGGCGACACAGCCCUCUAAGACCUCGUGGAUCAACUCGCUCUCGGCUGGCGACGCGUUGGCAGCGCGAGGUCACGCCUCACUAAGCCCCAAACAGGCUAGCGGCUCCCCCAUCCAACGCCCGGACCACCGCUUGUUCGGGAAACCGAAGCGGGAGGAAUUCGCCGCGGCUCAACCGCGAGGAGAGCUCUCGAUUCCAUCCUUAUCCGAACACAGUGUCUUUAAGCACCGAUCACCAUGCCUCCACGAAAGAAAGCCAAGCUCACCCCGCAAAUCGAGCCCUCCGCAAGCACUGUCGGCCAACUGAACACAGAUUACGACCCGGUUACGGAUCCUUGGACCGAUGAGCAAGAGACCGCGUUACUGAAGGGGAUCAUAAAAUGGAAGCCUGUCGGCAUGCACAAGCACUUCCGGAUGAUCGCGAUCUCGGAGUUCAUGAAGAGCCAAGGCUAUGCGCCCGCACAUGCAGAACAUACACGGAUACCUGGGAUUUGGAAGAAGCUGGGGACACUGUACAACCUUCCAGCUCUUGACGAACGGGAAGACUCCUUGAUAACAGACACCCCCGACGACAUCGAUGCCUCGAGAGAAUUCUACUGUCCGUUCGAACUACCUGCGGAUGAAUACGGUGAAUUGAUGUUCGAACGGCGACUAGCUAUGGAAGGAUCAGCAUCUCCCGACCCUAGCGCCCAUGCGGAUUCCAGAAGAGGAAGUACUGUGGCCGAUACAGACGGUGCGUAUAUGGGUAAUGCCUCCUGAAUACCACGUGCUCGAGGAAACACAUCCCAACCAUAAGUAACCGGAUACAGAACCCCGCUCUUCCCCCGCACCAUCACGAGGAAGGAAACCCGGUCGUGGUGGCCGUCCAGCGGGACGAGGUACACGCUCUUCACGUCUUCACGUC